AUGGCGCCCACCGAGCCUCGUCUCAUCAUCAUCGGGUGUGGAACUGCUGGUAUAGCUUUGGCUUCCCGCUUACGAUUCCAGCUCGGAUACAAGAACUUCACUAUCUAUGAGAGAGAGAGUCACAUCGGUGGGACCUGGUACCUCAAUACCUAUCCUGGAGUUGGUUGCGAUGUCGACUCUCACCUGUAUUCAUUCUCGUUUAACCUGAAUCCCAACUGGUCAAGGAAGUUUGCCGAACAAGACGAGAUCCUCGAAUAUCUGAACAACACAGUGGACAAGUUCGGCGUGCGGCCACACGUACAACUCGGUAUCGAAGUUGUCGCAGCGACAUGGAUCAGCGAAAAGAAUGUGUGGCGCGUCGGUCUUCGAGACAUGACCACCAAGAAGGUCCAUCAUCAAGAGGCGGAAAUGCUCGUGUCCUGUGUCGGUACUAUCUCCAUUCCGAAAGAUUGCGACAUCCCCGGCCACGAAGAUUACCAAGGUUCGAUUUUCCACUCUGCCCGUUGGAACCACAAUUACAGCCUGAAAGACAAGAGAGUGGCUGUCAUUGGAAAUGGAUGCUCAGCGGCUCAGUUGAUGCCUCAUGUCGCGAGAGAGGCUGCACAGGUCAUUCAAUUCCAAAGGUCCCCUCAGUGGAUCAAUGAGCGGCCUAAUCCUGCUUUCUCGGAACUCCAAAAAUGGUGCUUCCGCAACAUUCCUUUCUAUGCUAGAUGGUACCGAUUUUCGACUUGGCUGUCUAUUGAUGCGCUCCAUAAUCUAUACGUCACGGGCACAGAUGUUCUGGACAGAAAGCGGGCAGCAGCUCAGGUCGAAGCCGAGAGCUACAUGAGGAAGACCGCGCCAAAGAAAUACUUGGAUAUACUGAUACCUACUUUCCCGCUCGGAUGCAAGCGUCGUAUCUUCGAUCCUGGUUACCUUCAAUCCCUCCACGAGCCCAACGUCGAGCUCACCAAUGAGCGAAUCACAGGUUUCACCAAGGCUGGCCUGACAACACCCAAACGAUCCGUCGACUUCGACGCAGUCAUUUUGAGCUCCGGUUUCAAGAUUCAAGAGUUCCUAUCCCCCAUAGAGAUAAUUGGUACUGAGGGCAAGACUCUGAAUGAGCAUUGGGAGGAUACCAGAGGUGCUCAAGCCUAUAGAGCUACGUUCGUCCAUGGCUUUCCCAACUUUGGUAUCGUCUUUGGGCCGAAUGCAUUCCCUGCACACAACUCCGUCAUCUUCACAAACGAAACGCAGGCCGAGUUUAUCGUCAAAACUCUCAUCAAGCCCGUUUUGGACGGCAGCUUCGAAACGCUUAACGUCAAGCAGGCCGCGGAAAACUAUAACACCAUGCACGUACAAGAGAAACUGAAGACAAUGGUCUGGAGUGGUGGAUGUGCGAAUUGGAACUUGAACGAAGCUGGUAGAAACACUACCAACUACCAUGAUCCAACGUGGAAGUUCUGGUGGGAUUUGUACUGGCCUGUUUGGGAGGACUUCAAUCUGUCGGGAAGCAAGAUAUCGUUGCCUCUAGCUCCUUGGACCAGGCUGGUCCUAUGGACUGCAUUAACACCGGUGGCUGUUGUUAGCAUGGUGCAUGGUCUCAGGACUCUUCUCUGAAGUUGUCUAGUCUUUGUCGAAUAUAACCAUAGUGUUCCUGCUCUUUCCUCUCAGUCCUUCAAUUAGUUGUAGCAAGGUACUACGUAUCUCGGCGACGCUGCGCUGGGUCUUGUAAGUGCGACCUGCAUUGACUCUCGGCGAAAUGUCCUCAAUGUGCAAAACAGUCGUGCCGUCUGUUAGCUGAGUGCAACUUUUGACGACUCUGGACUAAAAAUUUCAGGCUCGUUUCCCCGACAGACAAUCGUGCAAUCGUG